AUGGAGCGCGUGAUCGGGGCGCUGAGCGAUGAGGUGGUCACGAGCGUGGCGUGCGGACGAUAUCACACCGUGGUGUCGACGGAGAGCGGCGCGGUGUAUUCGUUCGGGUUGAACGACGCGGGGCAGCUCGGGACGGCUGGAGUGAUGGGUAAAUUACCGAUAAAUGGGGUGACGUGUGAUAGCGGUGGGAACUGCGAUGGGCUCGAGCGAGCGAGCAAGGUUGAGGCGAAGGAGGGCUCGUCGUGCUUCGGCGGCUCGUCGUGUAGAAUCGGGACGCCGCGUCGCGUGCGGUUUUCGAGCCACACGGUGGAGGUUAGGAGCGUUGCCGCAGGCAGGUACUCGAGCGCGGCGAUAGCGAGCGAUGGGACUGUGUACGUGUGGGGAUUGAAUUCUUGCGGCGAUAGCGAAAUAGGCCGCGACGAGUUACUCGCCGACGCGAGCGUCGCGGCGGUUCCGCGAGUAGUCAACGGCAUCACCGACGUGACGCAGGUAGAUAUCGGGUACACGAAUAUGAUUUUUCUGACGAGCUCGGGACGAGUGGUGACGUGCGACACCGGAUUUACCGGGUAUGCGCAAGUGCAAGCGAACGCGGAUGUGAGCUUGCGGCAGCACAUCACGUUUGCGGACGCGCCAUCGACGCAGCGUGCCUUCGACGUCGCCGCUGGACGCUGUCACUACGUCGUUGCCACGGAAGGUGGCGGCCUGUACACGUGGGGCUGCGACGGUGCCUGGCUAGGCCGCGACGGCGAUCCACUCAAACCAGCUCAAGUCGGCGGCGACUUGGCGUCUCGCGCCGCCGUCUCAGUCGCCGCGGGCGAAUACUUCACCCUCGUCGCCACCGUCGACGGCGAAGUGUAUGGUAUGGGUGCCGCCGGUAACGGUCAACUGGGCGUCCAAGCGUCGAACUCCGGGCACAACUCCCCCAUCCGCGUGAACGUCGGCGACGCCGUGGGCACCCUCGCCGUCGCCGCGGGAUACCAACACUCGGUCGCCAUCGUUCGGUCCUCCGACUAG